UUGGGUUAGUAAGCAACUCCUUUCAUAAUUUCUUCAACUUUACUCACUUGCAGGGGAGCAAUUGAACCAAAUAUUUCAUGGCUAGUCUCCACCAACUUUGCAUGCUCUAUCUAUUUUGUCUUCUUAUCUCUCCCAUUGCAUCUAACCAAAUCCCCCAGCCUUAUGUCAUAUAUAUGGGGAGUUCAAUAAAUGGAAAUGGAGGAGGCAAUGUCACUGUUGCAGAGUUAGCAGCACGUCUGCAACUAUUAUCAUCCAUCAUUCCAAGUCAAGAGAGUGAGAGAGUAUCUCUACUCAAUUUUUACAGUCACGCAUUUAAGGGGUUCUCUGCAAUGCUUACAGAGAAUGAAGCUGCCUUACUAUCUGGCCAUGACGAAGUUGUAUCGGUCUUCCCUGAUCCUAUACUUCAACUUCAUACAACAAGAUCUUGGGACUUCUUGGAUUCAGAAUCUGGCAUUCGAUCAUCACACAAAUAUCAACACAUAACAAGCGAUGUCAUAAUCGGAGUGAUAGACACAGGCAUAUGGCCUGAGUCUCCAAGUUUCAAUGAUGAUGGCAUUGGAGAAAUCCCUUCAAGAUGGAAAGGAAUUUGCAUGGAAGGACCUGACUUUAACAAGUCUAGCUGUAAUAGGAAGAUAAUAGGAGCCAGAUACUACAACAUCCAAGAUUUCUCAAUCCAACCAAACUCUGAUCAUAAAAAGACUCGUCACAUCACUGGCUCACCGAGAGAUUUUAAUGGCCAUGGAACUCAUGCAACAUCUAUUGCAGCUGGUAUAACAGUACCAAAUGCUAAUUACUAUGGCCUAGCAAAGGGUAUAGCAAGAGGUGGCUCACCUUCCGCUAGGAUUGCUAGUUACAAGGCUUGUUCAAAGGAUGGUUGUUCUGGUUCAGUCAUACUCAAAGCCAUUGAUGAUGCAAUUAAAGAUGGAGUUGAUAUAAUCUCAAUUUCCAUUGGAAUGAAUUAUCAAUCAGACCUUUUGCAUGAUACUAUAGCCAUUGGAGCCUUUCAUGCUGAACAAAUGGGAGUUAUGGUAGUCUGUUCUGGAGGGAACGAUGGACCUUCUCCUUUUACUGUCGUCAAUUCUGCCCCGUGGAUGUUUACUGUUGCAGCUUCUACUAUUGAUCGCGAUUUCAAGUCGACCAUAGUUCUUGGAAAUGGGAAAAUUUUCCAAGGAUCUGGAAUUAAUUUCUCAAACCUCACUCGCUCAAAGACUUAUCCUCUAGCAUUUGCAGAAGAAGUUGCUUCUGAUUUUGCACCAUUAUCAGAUGCCAGGAACUGCUAUCCGGGAUCUCUAAAUUCAACAAAAGUAGCAGGAAAAAUAAUUGUCUGCACAUAUACUGAAGGAGCUAUACCAAGGUCAAUCAAAAAAUUAGUGGUUGAAGGUGACAAAGCCGAAGGACUAAUUUUGAUCGAUGAAGCUGAGAAAGAUUUACCAUUCAAUUCAGGAAUCUUCCCAUUUUCUGAAGUUGGGAAUAUUGUAGGGUCUCAAAUUCUGAAUUACAUUAACUCUACCAAGAACCCAACUGCAACCAUACUUCCAACAACUGAAAUUCGAAAGUGCACACCAGCUCCUGUUGUUGCUUAUUUCUCAUCAAGGGGUCCCGGAUGGCUUACACAAAACAUUCUUAAGCCAGAUAUAAUGGCUCCGGGUGUUGCAAUUUUGGCGGCAACGAUGCCAAACAAGGAAGAUGGAAGUGUUCCAAUAGGAAAGGCACCAUCAUUGUUUGAUUUAAGAUCUGGAACAUCGAUGGCUUGCCCACAUGUCAGCGGGGCUGCUGCAUUUAUUAAAUCGGUGCAUCAUAGAUGGAGUUCCUCCAUGAUCAAAUCGGCACUAAUGACAACAGGUGUUGUGUCCAAUAACAUUGGAAGACCUUUGACAAAUAGCUCGAAUCAGAUUGCAAAUCCACUUGAAACUGGGGUCGGAGAAAUAAACCCAAUCAAAGCUCUUAAUCCUGGCUUAGUAUUCGAAGCCACCUUAAAAGAUUACUUAAAUUUUCUCUGUUAUUAUGGAAUUUCACAGAAAAUGAUAAGAUUAAUCUCAAAGACAAACUUUAGCUGUCCAAAAGACUCUAACCAGGAUCUAAUCUCCAACAUUAAUUAUCCAUCGAUUUCCAUAGGCAAACUCAAUAGACUUCAAGGGUUCAAAAUUGUUGAAAGAACCAUAACCAAUGUAGGAUCUCCAAAUUCCUCCUAUGUUUCCUCCAUCUAUGCUCCACCAUGUUUGGUAGUAAAGGUGUCUCCGAAAAAUAUUGAUUUCGCCAAAGCGGCUUCAACAAGAGCAUCAUUUAAAAUCUCGUUUCAAAGCAAAGAAGAAGCUUCAAGGGGUUACAAGUUUGGAGCUAUCACAUGGUCUGAUGGUCGGCAUGAUGUUCGAAUAGUAUUUGCAGUGAAUAUUGAAUAAUUGGAAUUGUUGCUCCAAGGAGUUAUUGACAACUUUCAAACCAUUUUAUUUUAAAGGAAUUAUAUCUA